AUGCAUCUCUCCCUCCUCACCAUCAAAGCCCUCCUCCUCUCCCUCUUCGAAACCACAUCCACCCACUCAACCUCCCCCUGCAAACCCUCAUCCUUCAACUGGACAACCACAAAAGCCACAGGCGUGAACCUCGGCGGCUGGCUCGUCCAAGAAUCCACAAUCGACAGCACAUUCUGGAACAGCCACGCCCCCACCGCAAGCGACGAAUGGACACUCUGCAAAACCCUCGGUGCGCACUGCGGCCCCGUCCUCGAACACCGCUACAGAACCUUCAUCACCCGCGCCGACAUCGACACCCUCGCCUCCGUCGGCGUCUCCAUCCUCCGCAUCCCGACGACCUACGCAGCCUGGAUUUGA